CGGAAAUGUAGCUAGCUUAGCGUAGCUCCUCCCUGUCUGUUAGCACGUAGAAAGUUCAGCUGGACGACUGAACUCGGUCGUUGGCCUCGGAAGUUUAACAGAAUGGCUCCACUGAAGUUUUGUGCGAAUAUUUCGUGGCUGUUCACAGAGCUUCCGGACUUCAGCCAGAGAAUAUUAGCAGCAGCCGCGGCUGGAUUUCAGGCUGUGGAGGCAGCGUGGCUGUACGAUUCGGAUCUACAGGAGCUUCAGAGAGUCAGAAAGGCCACAGGGGUGGAGGUCGUCCUUAUCAACACCCCGCCAGGAGAUAUAAAGGCAGGUGAUCUCGGUCUUGGAGCAGUUCCUGGAAGAGAAGCAGAGUUCAGAGAGGGACUGGAUCUAAGUGUGAAGUAUGCCAGAGCUUUGGACUGUAAGAGGAUUCACCUGAUGGCUGGGAGAGUUCCCGUGGACUCUGACAGAGCGACGGUUGCUAAGGAAAUGGAGGCGGUCUUUGUGCAGAACCUGAAAUAUGCCGCUGAUAUCCUUUCAAAGGAAGGAAUCAUUGGACUGAUUGAACCGAUCAACACCAGGAUUACAGACCCCGGGUAUUUUCUGGACUCUCCUCAUCAGGCAUCUGCAAUCCUGGAGAAGGUUGGAAAGCCAAACAUGAAACUGCAGAUGGACAUCUUUCACUGGCAAAUAAUGGAUGGAAACCUCACACAAAACAUUCAAAAGUAUAUUCCUGUCAUUGGUCACGUCCAGAUUGCUCAGGUUCCCAGCAGAAAUGAGCCCGACAGCGCCGGAGAGCUCAGUUACAGCUACCUGUUCGACACACUGGAAAACAUCGGCUACCAGGGUUAUAUCGGGUGUGAGUACAAGCCGCAAGGCUCCACAGACGAGGGUCUCGGCUGGAUCAAAGAGUACUGGGCUCACAGAAAGUGCUGAGAGGAGGUGACGGAGCAUAAAGCUGCCAGAGCCCGACGGACCUCCACCUGCAGCACCCACCUUUUCCAUUUAAUGCGGACUUGGCACAGACUCCUGUGUCCUCCUCUCUGAAUCUGUUUCCACACUGUAGAAAGAAGUGAAUACACGACUUCCUCCUCAUCGUU